GCAGCUAUGUUCAUAUUGGCCAUGCGCAACAAACAGCCGCAGUAUCGACAAACGUUCACAAAACGUUUAGACGUAACAACCAUAGUGUCACUUCUCUCCUUAUUUUAGUAAUUAGAUCAUUCAAAACUUAAAUUCCCCUCAUUUUAGUUGUUUAAGUGUUUAGUGUGUCGUAAGCAGUUAUAAUAAUGCAAAGUGCCGCAACAAAAAACGCAUUCUGAAGCAAUUACGUAAUGGGAAUUAUGCUAGACAAGUUUAAAGUUUUGCCCUGAAAUUCAACAUGGCCGCUGACACAGGAAUGGAUACUUGCCCCAGUCCGGAGAUCUCGGACUCCAGAAAGCGACCCCUGGAUGGAGACUCGGAGAACGGCGAUGUGAAGAGAUCGCACUUCAGCUCGGUGCAAGACUUGGUGACCGCGUUGCCUCUGGCCAACGGCCAUGGCUCUCUAGCGUCUCAUUUCGCGGUGGAGCCGACUUACCACUUCAAAGUGCUGGUGCCCUCGAUGGUGGCCGGCGCCAUCAUCGGCAAGGGUGGCGAGACCAUCGCCCAAUUGCAGAAGGACACCGGCGCUCGAGUGAAGAUGUCCAAGUCGCAUGACUUCUAUCCUGGCACUACGGAGCGCGCGUGCCUCAUCACCGGCUCCGUGGAAGGCAUUAUGGUGGUGCUCGACUUCAUCAUGGACAAGAUCAAGGAGAAACCGGAGCUGGUGAAGCCGUUCCCGGAGGGGGUAGACACUAAAAUGCCACAAGACAGAGAUAAACAGGUAAAGAUCCUGGUGCCGAACUCUACGGCGGGCAUGAUCAUCGGCAAAGGCGGCAACUACAUUAAGCAGAUCAAGGAGCAGAGCGGCAGCUACGUCCAGAUCUCGCAGAAGGCGAAGGAGCUAUCGCUGCAGGAGCGGUGCAUCACUGUAGUCGGCGAGAAAGAGAACAACAAGAAGGCGUGCUUGAUGAUCCUGCAGAAGGUGGUGGACGAUCCUCAAUCAGGCUCGUGUCCCAACGUGUCGUACGCGGACGUGGCCGGCCCGGUCGCGAACUACAACCCCACGGGCUCGCCGUACGCCGUGCCCACCACCGAGGUGAAAGAGAGCCACGGGCUGGGCGGCGUGGGCGGCGGCGUGGGCGGCGUGGGGUCGGUGCUGGUGAACGGCUCGGCGGGGCUCGGCUCGCUGGGGUCGCUGGGCGUGCUGUCGCUGUCGCUGUCGCUGGCGCCGCCCGGCUCGCAGCCGCCCGCGCCCAUCACGCAGCACACGCUCGACCACAUCAAGGUGGCGCUGCGGCAGGCGGGGUACUCCGAGGGCGGCGUGAGUGAGAUCCUGGCGGCGCUGGGGCUGCUGGUGAAGCACGGCGUGCUGGGGCUGGCGCUCCCCGCCGCCCUCCCCGCGCCGCCCCUCUCCGCCGCGUACUUCCCGCUGCCGGCCCAGGACCCGCCCGCCGUCUUCGGACCCAUCGGACAGGUCGGCCUCGGCGGCGCGCGCGGCGGCUCCUUAGAGCGUUUCGCGGAGGUUGCAUUCGAGGCGCUUCGGCCCCCAGCGGUGGCGCCCAUCUCGCUCUCGGCCGGCGUCACCGGCGUGGGCGGCGUGGGGGGCGUGGGCGCCUUCCCCUCCGCCUCGCUGCUGCCGCUCUCCAAGAGCCCCACGCCGGCCGACGCGGGAGCCAAGGACUCCAAGAACGUCGAGAUCGCCGAGGUCAUCGUCGGUGCCAUACUCGGCCCCGGCGGGCGCAGUCUGGUCGAGAUCCAGCAGAUGUCGGGCGCCAACAUUCAGAUCUCAAAGAAGGGCACGUUCGCUCCCGGCACGCGCAACCGCAUCGUGACCAUCACCGGCACGCCCACCUCCAUCAGCAACGCGCAGUACCUCAUCGAGCAAAAGAUCCAGGAGGAGGAGCUGAAGCGCACGCGCCACAAUGCCAUCUCGGGCCUAAUGCAGUAGCCGACCUCGCCCCCACACACUGUACAUUUUGUUUUUGUUCUAGCGUAGAUUCUAGAUCUAGUCAACACUGUUGGAUGAACGUUGGCGCGCACCGUCGCGCCGGCACCACGUCUACUGGUAUGGGUGUUGGAAAAUGGACUUUACAUGUGUGGUAUACAGUAUGUUUUAUAACCAUUGUUUUUAAAUUUAAAUUUGGAAUCCACCUUGAUUCGUCGCGAUGCCAAGUGAAACAUACCGCAUGCCUCAGAGUUAAAGUCGGUUUUUGAGUACUGCAGUGUGAGAUGACGUAGUGUCGGCGCGGUGUAGUGUGCGUCGGCAGUGAUGGGGCGAGGCGCCGCCGUCGGGCGUCGACGUUAAACUAGUAGAGCAGUGGCGCGAGUUACCUGACUGUUAACAGAGUUUUAUGUUAUUUUGUUUUAAUAUGUCGAUAAGUUACGCAGCUCUCGAGACGCGUCGCGGCGCCGCCGUCCGUGUAGCACUAGUGUAGGCCGCCGGUCGCACUCGCUGUGCCGGCCGGACGGACGGACGCCGGCGGCCGCGGCCCGUAUCGACACAUAGUUACCUAUUUACAAUGUAAUAAAACAGAAUUUUAUGUAUAUUAAUUUUAUGCGUGUACUAUAAGUAGCGUUGACUAUAAUUGCUAUAUUUUACGUUUUAUUAUUAUUUUUUUAACGUGAUGACAAGUUGUUUGCGUCCGCCUAGCGGACGGUUGUUAAGGUUUAACAUUGUGAUAUGUGUUAUCACUUAUUCCUGAACACACACACAUUAUAUUUUUGUACAUUAUUCCACCACGUACGUUUAUUUACACGUUUGAUUUCAUUGUAAAUGUUACCAUUGUUAAGUUAUUUGUUAGUUCGUAUUCGAUCGUUGGGAUUGAAGUGACAUAGUCGAUAGAAAUUGUCGACUAUCGAUAUCGAUAGUCGUUUGAGUCUGGUGCAUGAGUACCGGCGAUCGUGAACUCGACCGCAAAUCUGUAAGCAAGUCGUCAAACUUGCUAGUAGCCAUGUGAGCAUGUGUUUUGAACUUCAGACUGUCAGACUCGGCAAACGUCUGACAGCCUGUAGGGUCUUGUAAAACUGAGCUACACGACUGUGACAUAAGUACUAUAUUUGAAUGAAAUGUGCCAUCAACGAAUGUCGAUAAAUAUCGAUUAAAAUUGUGGGAGUGAUUAUUUGAAAUGAAAUGAAUUACGCAUGAAAUAAAACAUAUAAUCGAGUGCUGAUGUACCAGGCUCCAAGGUCGCUUCUUGCCCGCUAUUUUAAUUCGGGAGCCAAAUGUAGACCCUAACCAAAGUGUCCAUAAAUCGUAUCACAGGCCAAGUACGUCACACGAGGUGACAGCUAUAGACAGUUUCGACUUGUACUAAGUUUUACAAGAGCAGUUGAGAUUUGGUCCUUUUUUUAAAUAUCAUCAAAGCAAAAAAGUUUUGGUGAUAUCGUCAUGGCUUCACGAUGUGCCGUAUAAUUCUGAACUGGUUUUUGAUUCGGAUUUAGUGUUAAGUGCAAUUUGUUGAUAGAUGUCGCCACAAGCGCGCGACCCAACUUGCCCUCGUUUACAUUGUGUUAGUCGACAUGGCGCCGCGACGCGUCGAUAAUUCGGUUAUUGUACUAAAACUUGUCAUUCCUGUUUUCUCUCGGUGAAAGAUCUUUAUUUUUUUAUACAUUUAUAUGAUAAAUGUUUUAAAUUUGUUUUUUUCUUCUCGUCUCUUCUAUACUUUACUGUUGUUCUGUUCGUCGGUCUAAAAUUUUAAUGUUGCGAUAUAAGUACAAUUUUAAAUAAUAGUAACUAUGCGUGUCCAGAUCGAUUAUAGAUGAGAAAAGAUAUUACAUAUUUUAAAUGCAGAUUUCUAUAUAUUCAAGAUGACAAUAUAUCAAUACAUAUAUUAUUUACAGUUGAGGUGUGGUUUAAAGUUUAUUUAGUUAUCGCGGGCCGGUGUGCGCCGGCACCGCGACGCAGUUCGUUCAGUCUCGGUAGAGUUACAUGGUUAAGCUGUGAUUAUUUCGUCGACAUUGUCAAGGUACUCCGUGUCGGUCGGUACGCUGUAGUCCGGUGGCCACAGACAACGCUCACCUCGUCGGUGGAUAGUUUUAAGUUGUGUUCGUUUACCUCAGAAGUGCCAUCGUCAUAGUAACGGUAGUUGCACUAAACGGUAGCAUGCGAUCGUGUCGGACGACGCUCUGGCAAUAUAUCGAUUGUAAGUUGUAUCGAUGUCGUAUCGAUUGUGAGUACAUAUAGCCAGCGCCGCGAUUCCGUCGAUAACAUCGCGAAUAAAACUAGAAAGACUUUUGAAAAGGCGGUCGGAUGAUAUGAUUUAAAAGUAUGAAGUACAAAAUUGAAAUGGUUAAUUAUCAUAAUAAAAUAUAUAUAAUUUGAAAAUCGGCUUAAUAUAACGGUAUAGUGUGUAAGAAAAGGAAUUGAGAAACGACAUCUCGGUUACGACAGUGUCGGUCUGCAGAUGGUGGAGGGUCCGUCGGAGUGCGCAUGCGUCCGAGCACUGGACGUACUCGCGAGCUCACUCGAGACGCCGUAACCUCGUACUUCCGUAACUUGUGAAUGAAAAUAUAUAAUAGUGUUUAAUGAAUUAUAGAUUGUUGUAAGUUUCACCUGUCCAACGACAUCUCGAUAUAUGCUAAGUUGUGGUAUUGUUACUGGUCUAUUAUAAUAUACGUGUGUUAUGUAGGUAACAUUACGCAGUAGACGCAUUCAAGUAGCUAGUUUAUAAAUAAUAAUUAUAUUUAAAUAAAAAAAAAUCAAUCUUUAAAGCGUGUAUAGGUAAUCGCUCUUCGAAUUUUUCUGGUGUUUUUUCGAUCUAUCAUCAUCUAUUAAUACGUAUUUUGGGGGUAGGUGCAGUUUAUUGUCAAUUAUGCAGGCCUGGGAGCGGUCGCGGACGGCAAAUAAUACACUUUGGACGAAGUUUGGUCAAACGUUCGAUAGUCCAGACCAAACUUUGGUCAAACCGUGGUCAAUGCAAUAUUUAAUAUUUAAUUAAUUCAAUGAUAAUGCAAUAGAAGCAUAAUAAUUUGUGUAUAAUAUCGUGGGGGAGCAGAUCGCGAGCGCUCGCACGCCCGCAGGCCGUGUUGGCGAAUGCCUGUCAAAGUCGAUUUUACAAGCUCAAUUUUAUCGGAACUCGAUAUAUCGAUUAGUCGAUAACUUGUAAGUGAUAACGUCAAUUAACAUUACCCGAAUGAUACGACACGGCUUUUUGUUGCGUUCCGAGCGAGCUACGGGGGUAGACAUAGUUCCCAAUACUUUACAUCUCUUAUUCUGUCUUUAUAAGUUCCACGACUUGCCUCUGUUGUCGUCGACAUUGCUCUUUGCAGCGUUCUUUACCGCCAUAAUGCAAGGAUCUCUUAAUUCCUAAGAGGGAUCUUUCUUCUGCAAUAAAUUCUUUCAUAGCUCCUAUAAAUAUGACACUGGUAUGCGGUCACACUCAAAUAGGGAAUGUUAAAAGACAUAGAAUAAAUGUUUGUGAUGGAAAUAUUUUCAUUCUCUCUUCGGUGCAACGAAAAAGACCGCAAUAAGCAUGAGUUCUUCGGUCUCGUACUAAAAUUGACGAAGUUUAGUUAAGUGUAAAUAUAAGGCUAUGACGUUCGUUUAUUAAAUUGCGACAUAUUCUCGUACCUUCCACAAAACGCUGCAAAGAACAAUCGAAAACAAUAAAAUAGUUACAAAAGGAAUUCUAGUUAGUUAUAAAUUAUCAUAUUUAAUGAAAAUAAAACAAUAUAAUGAGUAUAUAUAGAUAAUUUUUAAUGAAAAUACUGCAAAAAUGUUAAUGUUGUUAUACUGAAGUUGUUACAAUAUUUGAGAGUAUAUUAACGUGAAUACAAAAUAAUUUAGUGCUCGGUAAUCGUCUAAAGUUUUAUUGCGUGGAAUGAUAAUAAAUAGUGCAACGUCCCGUAUAGUUCGCGUAACGGUCCCAGCGCGGUCCCGGGGUGACCCGCGCGGGCCCGCGUCGACCCGCGGGGCCACGGAGCCACGGGGCCAAGGAGCCGCGGGUCACGGCGGGCCCGCUCGAGCUAGACUCGUUACAUUACUGUGAUACUGGCAUGUGGUGUCGUCGGACCGGACUCCGGCCUACACCCGCCCCGCGCCCGCGACACCCAACCAUCCGUGUCUCUUACAGGUUGUGUCAAAUUGUUUAGUGAUCGUGUAGAAGUAGAGGCGGGUACCAGCAGCACGCACACGCACCCCCGCACCGCCGGCGAUCUCCCACUCACCGCCAUCCGGUUUCACGCUCACUCUCACCCGUGUCUCACACCCAUUCACUCACUCACUCACUCGUCACUCGCACACGCGCACUCGUCACUCGCUCACAUCUCACCUCUCACAGUCUCACACGCACCGCACCGCUGUUACGAUAAGUAAUUUCAAUGUUAUAGGCUAAGGUAGCUAGUUGUCAUUCUUCAUUCGGUGGACGGUGGGACGCGAGGCGAGGCGCCCCGCGCGUCUCGACCUCCCUUUUUAAUUUUAGUAGCUAAAUGUUGUUGAAUUUGUUGAUAGAGUGGUUUAUUGUAAUUUAGAUAGACGAUAGUGGGUAUAGACGCGAAGGUGGCAGCCGUCGGGUGCGCUAGGAUAGUCUAAGGUUCGAUACUGUGUUUAGGAAAAUGGCUGUGCGUUCAAGUCGAACUCAACAUUAAGACAUCACCAGUCACCACACGCUUGUCAGGGACGGGCGCGAGUCGCACACGGCGGGCGGCGUCGGUGGUCGCUAUCUGUAUAUACGUGCAUCAGCAUAACAUUGUUUCAUUUGAGUUUAUCUCUCCUUGCUCAUUGUCAUCAAUUUAUUAAAGACUGAGUAAUCAACUCGCGCAUCUUGACAUCGUCACGAACGCGUCCCCGCGCCUCGAGCGGGCGGCGGGCGGAGCGCCGGAUCUUUGCUACAUACGUCUGUUGGUUUAGUCGCCGUCGGUGAGGGCGCGGUCGUGUGCGACUCGGGCGGCGCGCCCGCCGGCUGCGGCCGUGCGGCCGGUGGUGGCUGGUGACGGGACGUCGCGUCACCGGCUCGGCCGGCCGCGAGUGGUGCGCAGGCGCAGCGGCGUUCAGUCGUUGUCUCAUCAACCUUUACACAUGUUGAGAUUGAUAUGUUAUACUAAUUCUAUUGAAUUGUAACUUGUUGCGUAUUAUAAGUAUGUAAAGCGUGCGUACCGUUGUGUAUUGUAUGGAUAUAUAAUAUAUAUAUAUAUAUAUAUGAUUCGUUGACACGUACGUUACUCGUAUAACAUAUUUGUUGCUGUGCAGUUCAGUGAUGGUAUUUUUAUUUUUUAAUUAUUAUUGAUUUUUGUUAACUUGGUUUAUGAUAAACGGGUCUGCAAUGUUUAAUGUACGAGUUAAUAUGAAUUUUUAAUUAAGUUUGAAAUGGAAACGAUGUUAUAUUAAAUGAUAUGUUUUGAAUUAUAAAUUGGAUAUAUUUUAGUGAAUGUUUAUUGUUUAGUUAGCCGUACUGGCGGACAGUUGUGCCGCAGGAAUCAUUUAAAUGAUGGUUUAUUUUGCAAUAUGAAGUUAAAGAGGUCAAAAUGGAAAGGUUACAAUGUCUUAGUGUUAAAAAGCUCGAAACCAAUUCAAAGGUACCUUGAACAUUGUCUAUAUUAUAUUAACAUUAAAUAAAUGCAAAAAUUA